UCGAUACUUUUCUGGAGCAGACAUCUAUUCUUUUCUGAAGCAGACAUCUAUUCUUUUCUGAAGCAACCACCAUCUAUUAUUUUCUGACGCAACCACCAUCUAUUAUUUAUCCUCGAAAGUGGUAUCCUUUGACAUGUCUGAUCUUCCACAUACCCCCUUGGAUAGCGAAGUUGAAGCCCGCGAGGCGGCGGUGCAGCGGAUCUUGGAGUUGAGAAGCCACCUCGGGUUUUUGUUAUAUACGGCAAAGGACACCCAGCGGUCCUGCGCGCGUUAUGAGGUGGAAAACCAGUAUCUCCAGGACUACGUGGGCACCUUGAUGACCACUGCUGGAAUCAAUAAAGCUACAUAGGCGCAUGAGUGGCGCCAGGUAGCCUGCUCAUUGUGGAGGAAACAUAAUUCCAAAAUGCAGUGUCACUGCCUAUGGCGGAAUUCGGGAUUGCUGAGUAUAUGUAUAUACACCUGGCUGAUAGAGACAAGCAGGCACUUGUAUCCUGAUGCUAUCUAAGAUUACUAUAUAGCUACGAGAAUAAAUCUAUAAUAUAGCUAUUGUAUCUCAC